AUGGUACUCACUCAGCCCCCAAAUCAACAUGUCAUGAAGGCAUUCGACCUCACCGGUAAAGUCGCGGUUGUCACAGGAGGCGCUCGUGGAAUCGGCCUCGAGGUAUCCAGAGGACUGGCGGAAGCUGGCGCAAAUGUCGCGUUGAUAUACAACACCUCUACAACAGCCGACCAAAUUGCAGCCGAGAUUGCAACCUCCAACAAUGUGCGUGCAUCAGCUUACCAAGCCAAUGUGGGCGCCCAGCCUGAGAUCGAGGCUGUGGUUCAGCAAAUCGUGAAGGAUUUUGGGAAACUUGAUAUCAUGGUCGUCAACUCGGGGAUUGUCUCGAACAUUGCCGCCGAAGACUACACAGCCGAUCAAUGGAGCGAGAUUAUGAAAGUGAACCUGGAUGGGGCUUUCUAUUCUGCUCAAGCCGCCGGUCGAAUUUUCAAAGAACAGGGCUACGGCAAUGUAAUCUUCACAGCCUCUGUUAGUGCAACCUUGGUAAAUGUUCCACAAAAGCAGGCCGCGUACAACGCGUCGAAGGCAGGAGUUGUUCAGUUGGCCAAGUGUCUUUCUGUCGAGUGGGUUGACUACUGUCGUGUGAACUGUAUCUCUCCUGGGUUCAUUGCUACCGACAUUCUUGAUAUUCACCCCAAGGAAUGGCGCGAGAAGUGGUUUGAAAUGAUUCCUGCCAAGAGGAUGGCUGAUUGCUAUGAGUUAAAGGGGGCCUACGUUUUCUGCGCCUCAGACGCAUCGAGUUAUAUGACAGGUGCGAACCUUGUUAUCGAUGGAGGUUACACUCUUCCUUGA